AUGGACACACUUAACAUCACUGGACUAAAAUAUAUAUUAAGCAAGGACACGGCCAAAAAAUUACCUAAUCUCAAGGUCACGUCUGAUAUGGCAGAGCACCGUUUCGAGCGGCCCAGGCAAUCUUUUGAGGCCGUUUACAACUACUGUUUGGUCGGUAAGCUUCAUAUUCCUCCGACUGUCUGUAUCGGAGAGUUUCUGGAUGAACUGGAAUUUUGGGGAAUCGACGUAAAGGAUCUGGAAAAAUGUUGUCAUCACCGGUAUGUGUUGUUCAUGCGCGAGCAAGAGAAUCUGAAAGGGUUUCUACGGUGCACUGAGGCGGAAGAUGACCACUAUCAGGAAGUUGAGAAAAGUGUUACCAACAAUCGUAAGAGCAGGAUGUGGAAGAUUCUUGACAAUCAAAAUAACGACAUUAAAACAAAGGUGUACUUUGCUUUGUCCACCGUCUUCAUACUACUAGCGAUCUUCGGUGUAGCGUUUAGUACGGUUUCUGUCACCAAUCAGGGAGGCAGAACAGACAGUCACGUGUCAACUACAAGCAGCGCAGCAUACACAACAGCAAUGUACGGUUCUACAGAAGGCGCAUGGAUGAACGAGUCGCUACGGAACGAUUCGCAGACAUACGCAGGAGGAGGGAAAAUAUUUUCCAAUGCAGCACGCGACAAAGUUUUAACUAUGAAGAACAGCAAUCCUGAAAAUCGUUGGUUCCUUUACGUUGAGCACUUGACAAAUGUCUUCUUCACCGCCGAGUUGAUCCUUCGUCUCGUAUGCUGCCCUUCCCUUCGUCGUUAUUUUCAGGGAUGUCUGAAUUGGUUGGAUAUUAUCGUCCUGGUGGCGAGCUAUGGACGGUACAUUGUUCUCUUGGCUGACAUGACGGGUUCCUCCACUACCGCUGAUCCUCUGCUGUAUCUCCAAAUGCUCCGAGUUCUGCGUCUUCUCCGCAUCAUUGAGAACGUUCCAGCAUUCAAGAUCCUUUGCUACUCAGUCCGAAUUGGACGUAAAGAUCUAAUGACGAUGAUUUUGUUUCUUUUUAUGGGAAUGCUUUUGUUCUCCAACUUUCUCUACUUUGUUGAGAGUAAUGAAGAAUUCAGGAGCAUCCCUGACGCCUGGUGGUUCAGUAUUGUCACUAUGACUACUGUAGGCUUUGGCGACAUGGUUCCCAGGACUUCCGUUGGACGGAUUAUCGGCGCUCUGUGUGCACUGUCCGGAGUCUUGUUUAUCUCGCUAACUAUUCCUAUUUUUGUCAACACUUUCCAGUCUCUGUAUCUCUACGCCUCCUUUAACAGUAACAGACUGCAGAAUAAACAGUAG